GAGGGCGCAGCGCAGACCUAGCGCGGGCCGCAGCCGCGGCGCCCGGAAGACCCGGCUCGGGGACGCAGACCCCGCCCGGGCUGGCUCGGCGCCGGCGUCCGGGCUUCCACUCAGUCUUUGACCCUCCGCCCCCCCCCGCCCCCCCCACUUCCUCCUCGCAGACCGCACAACUGUAACCGCUGCCCCGGUCGCCGCCGCUCCUUCUCGGGCCGGCCCGCGGAGAGCGCAGCGCGGCAGGGCCGGCGGCAUGGCUGUGUCCUGGAGGAACUGGCUGGCCAACGAAGGGGUUAAACACCUCUGCCUGUUUAUCUGGCUCUCCCUGAAUGUUUUGCUUUUCUGGAAAGCCUUCCUGCUGUAUAACCAAGGGCCAGAGUAUCACUACCUCCACCAGAUGUUAGGGCUAGGAUUGUGUCUAAGCAGAGCCUCCGCAUCUGUUCUUAACCUCAACUGCAGCCUUAUCCUUUUACCCAUGUGCCGGACGCUCCUGGCUUACCUACGAGGAUCCCAGAAGGUUCCAAGCAGGAAAACCAGAAGAUUGUUGGAUAAAAGCAGAACAUUCCAUAUAACCUGUGGUGUGACUAUAUGUAUUUUUUCAGGUGUGCACGUGGCUGCCCAUCUGGUGAAUGCCCUCAACUUCUCAGUGAACUACAGUGAGGAUUUCGCUGAACUGAACGCAGCAAGAUACCGAGAUGAGGAUCCUAGAAAACUUCUCUUCACAACUGUGCCUGGCCUGACAGGGGUGGGCAUGGUGUUGGUGCUCUUCCUGAUGAUUACAGCUUCUACAUAUGCAAUACGAGUUUCCAACUAUGACAUCUUCUGGUAUACUCAUAAUCUCUUCUUUGUCUUCUACAUGCUGCUGAUGUUGCAUGUUUCAGGAGGGCUGCUGAAGUAUCAAGCUAAUUUAGAUACCCACCCUCCUGGCUGCAUCAAUCCUAAUGGAACCCGCUACCAGCAUAUUUACUUACCAGACCAUGGCUCGGAACAUUUUCAUGAAUCUUUCCCUGGAGGACCUUCAAAACCAGAUGAACUUACCCAAAACAGAUCCGUGAACAUUUGUGUGGAAGAGCCUAGGUUUCAAGCUAAUUUUCCACAGACUUGGCUUUGGAUUUCUGGACCUUUGUGCCUGUAUUGUGCUGAAAGACUUUACAGGUGUAUCCGGAGCAAUAAACCAGUAACCAUCAUCUCAGUCAUAAGUCAUCCCUCAGAUGUCAUGGAAAUCCGAAUGAUCAAAGAAAAUUUUAAAGCAAGACCUGGCCAGUAUAUUAUUCUACAUUGUCCCAGUGUGUCUGCAUUAGAAAACCAUCCAUUUACCCUUACAAUGUGUCCUACUGAAACCAAAGCAACAUUUGGGGUCCACCUUAAAAUAGUAGGAGACUGGACAGAACGGUUUCGAGAUUUACUACUUCCAUUGUCUAAUCAAGACUCUGAGAUUCUGCCCUUCAUUCAAUCUAGAAAGUAUCCCAAGCUAUACAUUGACGGUCCAUUUGGAAGUCCAUUUGAGGAAUCGCUGAACUACGAGGUUAGCCUCUGUGUGGCUGGAGGCAUUGGAGUAACUCCAUUUGCAUCAAUACUCAACACCCUGCUGGAUGACUGGAAACCGUACAAGCUUAGAAGAUUAUAUUUUAUUUGGGUGUGCAGAGACAUCCAAUCCUUCCGUUGGUUUGCAGACUUACUCUGUGUGUUACAUAACAAGUUUUGGCAAGAAAACAGACCUGACUAUGUCAACAUCCAGCUGUACCUCAGUCAAACAGAUGGGAUACAGAAGAUAAUUGGAGAAAAAUAUCAAGCACUGAAUUCAAGACUUUUUAUUGGACGGCCUCGGUGGAAACUUCUGUUUGAUGAAAUAGCAAAAUGUAACAGAGGGAAAACUGUUGGUGUUUUCUGCUGUGGACCCAAUUCAAUUUCUAAGACUCUUCAUAAACUGAGUAACCAAAACAACCCAUAUGGGACAAGAUUUGAAUACAAUAAAGAAUCUUUCAGCUGAAAGCCUUUGAGAGGAACCAGGAUUCUGAACAAGGAAUGAGUGCAAUUUCUAAGACUUUGAAGCUCAGCUGAAUCAAGUAGCUGUGUCAUGCCAAAGAGUAGCAAGGUUUUCUUAUUUAUGAUUAUUUACAAUGGAAAUGCAGAGGAUGUGGCAAGAUGACAGGUCACAUUACAUGUUUAAUCUGGAAACCAAAGAGGCCCUGAAGAAUAGUUGCUGUGAUGAUUCACUUUUCAGUGCUCAAAUGAAAACAAAACUAUUAGAUGCACACUGUUGAUUUUUAUGGCAGAUUCAAGAACUCCCUAGUGAGGUGCCUCACUUGCUCACUGUGAGGCUGAUAGCCUUGGUCCUCUUUGAAUUGUUUUUGGUUGAACAAAUGCAAGAUUGAAUGAAAUUAAAAAUGCAUUGAAACUCAGAUUACAUUUUCUACGUGAGUAUAAACAGAGUAGUUUUGAUUUAGGAAAGCUCCAGGCAAAUGUAGUAGAUGUUUGAAAAUACAGCACAGAACUGUGUAUUAAUACGGGUACUUUGUGUCUCCUCUUCCUCAC